AUGGCGACUGAGGGGGGCCAAGAUGGACAGCGUCAGGAAAAAGUUGUCUUGAAGAGGAAGUUGACCGGUCCACCCAGACUCCUCCUGGGCAAAUCGAAAUCCAAGAACCAGGGAGGUGACAGGUCUGAGGCUCAUACUAAGAAGAGAAACAAAAGAGUGAACAUCAACAAUGGAACUCAGAUGGAUUCCUCCACCAAACAGUCAAAUAUAGAAGCUGGAGAGACGGGAUCAUCGCAACUUGUAGUCACUUCAGACGACCUCCACAUGACCUCAAAAAUGGACGAGGAACAAGCUUCAUCUGAAGUACCCACUGAGCCCUCAAGGUGGCGCUCCACCUCAGAUGAGGAUGAGACCAGUGAAGGCCAAUUGGAAGGACACAGUAAGACGAGGAAAUCAACAAAGCAUGGCUGGAGAAGGUUGUUUUCCCCGGCUCUCAUUUGCGUCAGAAGACAAAGGAAGAAGUACGCUGCAAAAACUUCAAUCCAGGAUGGUGACCAGGGAGUUGUACGAGCUGAGAGACUAACUCAUACUGAAGCAAAGUCAACCGGAGAAGACACCAUCUCCUUGAGUGACAAGUGUGUUCGCGAUGCUCCUGACAUCGACAAUGUCAUGAAAAGGAGGCGCAGGUUUACCAUCCGGACGUGGCCGACAUUCAAGCGGCUCUUGACAGCUUCUUAUGUCCGAGGCCAAAGGCCAAAACAGGGAAAUGUUGUACAGGAGGUCUCUGAAGACGUCCAACAACAACCGUCAGUGACCUUCAGGAAGACAUUUCAGCAUUUUUUGAUGUGUGGAAGAAGGGCACCUUCAGCUGUGCCUCCUCUGGGAGACAAGGACACCCAGGACCCUGGAGACAAGGACACCCAGGACACCAGAGACAAGGAGACUGAGGUGGAGCCAAUGGGGACACAAGACAGGGGACAACAGUGCACAUCUGAUGUCCAGGGGGUUGAGCUUCUGGAAGAGGGGACUGAGGUCAGAGGACAAUGUACAGAGAGAGUGACAGUGUGUGCUGAAGUGAGCACCCUGCAGUCUGAGGACGGAGGCCCAACAGACACCCCAACGAGCCCAAAGUCCCUACUAGAGAGUCCCAUCCCGACAACAGUAGUAAGACCAGCGGUAGAUACAGAAGACACAGAGACCAGUCCAAUGGGUGAUUCAAAGGAAACAGAGAUAUUGGAACCUGAGACUAUUACUAAAACUGGUACCGAAUUAUUGGAAACUGAGACUUCUUUCAAAACUAAGUUAUGGGAAACGGAGACUUCUACCAAAACUGGCACAGACUCAAUCCUCAGUGAGGUCAUCAAUGUUACCGUGGAUACUAACGAGAUGCAAGUAGAUGAACUGUAUCAUAUCCAGUGUUUAGAGAAGAACAAGGUCAUUGAGUCAGACUGUGCAAUAAUCGAUACAGUCAACAGCGUUGCCAUGGACACUAAUGAGUAUCCCUCAGACUCAAAUCAGAUAAUUUCUUCAGAGAAUGCUGCAGAGGACACUGCUGAUGCAUCUGAGGAGAAUGACACGCUCUGCAGGAUCACGGAAGAUAACAUCGUGCAGAAUGGCCAGCCCUUGACCAACAUCAGCAUCAUCCCCGGGGCUGACUUGGACCAGGAUGUAUCCGACCAGGAUGGCCAUGAGGUGGGGGAUGAAAGCAGCGAGAGUGGCCUCCCGACGGAGGACCACCGGGACUUGUUGUUGUGUGGAGAGAGCCUGCUAGUGCAGACGGCUCGCUUCUUGGUCCAGGCAGCCAUGAGCGCUGCCAUGGAUCAGCUCUCAAUGGAACAGAGAGGCACUCCCACCACUGUCCACAGGGGGGCACAAGUGUGUCAAGAUUACGCUUGA